CACAAGAAGUAUCUGUUGGCAUUUAUUAUCUGAAUUAAAAAUGGCGUAAGUAUUCAAUUUUAGUAAAUUGGUGCAAAGCUAUGUAAUGUGAACAGUGAAGCAAGCAUAGCAGUGAGCAAGCUCAGCGACAUUAGAAAGAAAGGGAGAACCCAUUUUUCUCUCUGUUUUUAGGUUUCUUCUUUCUUUCUUUUGCAUCUCCAAGAAAAAAAAAAAUCAUGGGUUCAACCAAUCUAGUACUCUCCUCAACCCUGUUGCUCCUUCUGGUCGGUUUUGCAAACUCGGACAUCACCCAAGACAAAGCAGAUUGUACGGACAAACUGAUUGGUCUCGCUGGUUGUCUCACCUACGCCAGCGGCGACGCCUCAGCUCCCACCAUGGAUUGUUGCUCUGGUCUCAAACAAGUUAUCGACAAGAACAAGAGGUGUCUCUGCAUCCUCAUCAAGGAUCGUAACGACCCAAGUCUCGGCCUCAAGAUCAACGUCACCCUCGCUCUUAACCUCCCAGAAGUUUGCAAAACACCCACCAACAUAACUCAGUGUGUUGAUCUUUUGCAUUUGCCACCUAACUCCCCCGACGCCAAGGUGUUUGAAGGCUUUGAAAAAGCCUUGACCAACAAAACUAGCCCCUCUUCCGCCCCUGCUGGUUCUGCAAAGGGAGAAACAUUAAGUGGUAAUAGCAAGAGUGGAGGGUGGGGAAAGAAGUGGUUGGUGACAGAAGUGGUAUGUGGAAUUUUACCCUUAGUGUUAGUAUCCCAUUUGGUGUUGUUCCUGGUGUGAAGGUUGAAGAUGGAAAUGGAAGGUUGGUAGCUGUGUGUUUUAAUGUUAUGUGGUUUCAUGUUUUGUGCAUAGAUAUGUUGAGGAUGCAAUAUGUAAUUUGUUGCUACUAGUAGCUACCUAGGUGGUGUGUUGUCCUUUUCCUCUAGUUAUUAUUAUCUUCAGUGUGUGCCCAUCUUCUUUUGUUUCUCGGUGAUUAAUUUUCCAACUAAUGGAACCAUUCAGAGGGACCCUUUAAUUAACUUCCACAACAUCUAUCUUUUAAAUA